AUGAACACCAAAAACUCGCCGCAGUCCACACAAACAGCCAUGUCGUCGUCCGAAGAAUCAAAGCACGAUCCCGAGUCGGGUCGCACCGUCGAGAAGCAGAGCUUCCUCGUCAAGUGCCAGAAGGAGGUGGACACCAAGCACGCGUACAUUCCUAUGCUCGUGUGCUGCUUCGUGUCGGGACUGACUGACGGAACAAUUUACAAUGCCUACGGGACUUUCGUCUCCAUGCAAACAGGCAAUACAAUUUUCGUCGCUCUCGGUACUUCUGGCUACAACAACAAGCCCUACGGUUGGGCGCGCUCGCUAUGCUCGAUCGGACUCUUUAUAAUCGGCUCGUUUUGCUUCGCGCGCCUCGCAAUGCUUCUCGGGGGUAAGCGUCGCGGUGCUCUGGGCUUCUCGUUCCUGUGCCAGUCUAUCCUCGUCAUGCUGGCCGCGGCGCUGAUCCAAGGCCGCGUCAUUGACGGCUCGUACCCGUCCCAUCGCGCUCCCGGAUCCGUCGACUUCAAGGAGAUUGCCGUGAUUGCCCUGCUCAGUUUCCAGGCGGCCGGCCAGAUCGUCUCGAGCCGCACCCUUUCCGUGGGCGCGAUCCCGACCGUCGUCGUCACCAGCAUGCUGUGCGAUCUGAUGAUGGACCCGGCCCUGCUCGCCUGGGCCAAGAACGACAACCGCAACAGGCGGUUCAUCGCCUUUGUCCUGACGCUCGUGGGUGCCAUCUGCGGUGGCUGGAUUUCAAAGGCAUCAGGCGCUGUGCAGCCGUCGCUGUGGACUGUCGCUGGCAUCAAGCUGGUGCUGGCCAUCGCCUUUGUCUUCUGGAAGGAAAAGUGA